GGCGGCGGGGAGUGCACCGUCCAGCCCCUCUACCACAGGGACCAGGUCACCUUCCUGGUGAAGUUCGCGGAACGGGCAGGUGUGUCUAUAAUGUCUCCACCAAAGCUAAAGAGAGAGUCUUGAAGAAAGAAAAUCAUCAGAUUAUGGUUGAAAACAAACUUGUGACUAUUUUUCUGGAACCCACUAAGAAUCCAAUGGAGAAGAAUGCAAGACCCAGAACAUCUUUUUUGCCACAGUCACAGGAACGAGUGAGGUCUGGUGAGAAGCAUCAAAACGAAGAACAUAUUCCUGAUGUUAUGGAUUCCUGUCUGCAAAAGAUCUUUCUUAGCGUCACAGCAGACCUGAACUGUAAGCUGUUCUCUAAAGAGCAAAGGGAACACGUAACCACUAUGUGCCCCAAGGUCAAAAAGAUGGAAGGGGACGAUGGAAUUGAGAAGGUGUGCGGCACCUUCAGAGAUAUUGAAAAAAUAUAUCACUUCUUGAAUAAGCAACUCCAAGAAAGUGGGUGCAAAUUUGAAUCUUCCCCUUUGACAAUGGAGAGGAAGCCACUCCAUCAGCAGAACCAGAAGAACAGCUGUAUUUCUCCCUUGGAACCAAAAACCAAGGCAGAAGACGAAAGCAACCGUCUUGAAAUUCCCUUGCCUUUCUUUGAGUAUUUCCAGUAUACCUAUCCUGAUAAAAUAGACUCGAUACAGAAAAGAUUUGGUGUAAAAAUUAAAAUAAUAACUCAGGAGAGUUCUCCGAAUACUGUCUAUUUAGACUUCACCUCCAAUCCCUCAAGUGAUCUCCAAGCCGCUAGAGAGUCUUUUGUCAGUGAAUUUCAGAAAACUGUGGGAUCUCUGGAGCAGAAAUGUGUUGCUUUUGCAGACACUGAACAGGCCAAUGAGAUCAAACAGAAACUGAAUCAACGAUUUACAAAGCUCCUUAUAAAGGAGAAAGGAAGAGAAUUAACUCUCCUUGGGACCCAAGAUGACAUUUUCGCUGCCAGAUAUUUUUUUGACCUAAAAGCCUCUGAAAGUCUUGUCAUGGAACCUGUGAAAAUAUCGACUCCCACAUGCCUGAUGAAUAGAAUUGAAGUUGACACGGCUCACUAUAUGCUUGUAAAAGCUGAAUUACUCCAGGAGAUGACAGAGUUAGAAGAAAAGUACGAUACUCGUUGUGAGGUUUGGGGAGACAGUAAUAAAAUCCACAUUCUCUUUGAACCUAAGGACAAGGAAUUCGAUCUGUCUGCCCAUGCUUAUUCCAGUUUCAUCGAUGCCUAUCAGUAUGUGUCAAGUCAGCUGAUGAGAGAAGUUCUUUCACUGAAACCUCUGGGCAAAGAGAGAAAGCACUUACAUCAGAACAAGUUUGCAGAUGACUUCAGAGAAAACCAUCCGCAUGUACACUUUGUACUAAAUCAAGAGUCAAUGACUUUGACUGGGUUGCCAAAUCACCUUGCAAAGGCAAAGCAGUAUAUCUUUAAAAAAGUGGGAAUGUCCAUGUUAGCUGGAGAUCAAAAGAAUGAGGACCAAGAAACACGCGUGGACAUUGAUAGUAAUGACUCAAAAGUAGCUCUCUCGACAUUCCAGCACUCUGCCAGUUCUGGGGCGUCAGGAGGGGAGAAGGAAGAGGACAUAUGUAGCAUCUGUAUUGACAUCAUUAGAGACAAACAAGUGCUAUCGAAGUGCAAGCACGCAUUCUGCACCUCUUGUAUUAACAAAGCUUUUUCCUAUAAGCCGGUCUGUCCUGUGUGCCAGACUUCCUAUGGUAUCCAGAAAGGCAAUCAGCCAGAGGGAACCAUGACUGUUACUGUCCUAAAAGACUCACUUCCAGGUUAUGAAUCCUGUGGCUCCAUUAUGAUUACUUAUAAUAUGAAAGGAGGCAUACAAACAGUAAGUGUUUCUGAGAAAGAGCACCCAAACCCAGGAAAGAAAUACAAUGGAUUACAACGAAGAGCUUACUUGCCUGAUAAUGAGGAAGGAAAUGAGGUUUUGAGACUGCUUCGUAGAGCCUUUGAUCAAAAGCUGAUUUUCACAGUGGGGGAUUCUCGAAUGCUAGGAAUCUCCGAUGUCAUUACAUGGAAUGAUAUCCACCACAAAACGUCUCCGUUUGGGGGACCACAAAUGUAUGGCUACCCUGAUCCAGAUUACCUGAAACGUGUCAAACGGGAGCUGAAAAGUAAAGGAAUUGAGUAAGAAGGGAUGUCUUGAGCCAAGCUUUCAAAAGACACAGUUGAAGAAACACUUUUUAAAUUAUUUCAUCUUGGGGCACCUGAGUGGCUCAGUGGGUUAAAGCCUCUGCCUUCGGCUCAG